AUGGCUCCCGCACCGCCUCCACCUCUGCCUGUCGCAGACAACUACGCCGCUCUUACAAACCGCAUCUCUCUCUCUAUCGCCUCAAGAUCAUCGAUUUUAAAAAAUAUGACCAGCAGUAGCGCCUCUGCACCUGUGCGACGCCGUGUCAUUCCGGACGACAACGACGAUGAUCUCACACGUGGCACACAACCCAACACCGGAGUCGGUUACGUCCCCGAGAAGAAAGAUGUGCAGAAGCCCGCAAACUCCAGAGAGGAAAGGAUGCUAAGGGGCAGAAUGGGCAAGGGCGCUACCGGCAAGGCCAAGAAAAAGGUUGAAGAGAGUGAGAGCGAAGAAGAAAUGGGAAGGAGUGCGCUGGGAAAGAGGAAGAGGCCGCGAAGACAGGUUGUCGAGCCUCAGCCUGAGCCCGAGCCGGAAAUUGAGAUUCAGGUGCUACCUAAAACGACGUCUGAAAGUGAAGAGAAGAAUGGUAAUGGAGCUGAGGUUGAAGAAGCGGAUAUUGAAAUGAAGGACGUCGCCAAGGAAGAGAGUGCAAAUCUUGAGAAGACGACAGACAAGAAGCGUAGGGGAAAGAACAAGAAGAAGAAGCAAAAAACUAAGAAUGCAGAGGCAGGGGUAAUAGCAUGA